AUGGCUAUGGACGUGCAAUUGGCUGAACACCCACUGAUGAGUCCAAAGGCAGAGCCGAAACCCGAGAAGAAGCCGGGGCAGAGGCCACAGAGCCACGGGGAAGACGGGCCACAGAAGGAGCUGGUGAUCCCAGGCAUCGUGGAUUUCGAGCUGAUCCGAGAGGCGCUGAGGACCCCCAAGGCCCAGACCCCUGGCACCUACCGCUUUGGCCGCCUCAGCCACCACUCCUUCUUUUCCAGGCACCACCCCCACUCCCAGCGUGUGACCCACAUCCCAGAUCUCACCGGGAAGCCUGUCUGUGUCGUCAGGGACGAGUUCUCUCUGGGUCCCUUGCCUCAGUCCACACUCUUAUCCAGCUGCCUGAUGGGGGUGCCCACCAUCUCUGUCCCCAUCGGAGACCCACAGUCCAACCGGAAUCCCCAGCUUUCUUCUGAGACCUGGAAGAGGGAACUGAAGGAGCUGGCUUCCCGGGUGGCCUUCUUCACCAAGGAGAAUGAGCAGCAGAAGAACAAAGAGCAGAAGGAGGAGACUCUGCGGGAGCAGGGGGCCAAGUACUCGGCCGAGACUGGUAGGCUCAUCCCCCCUUCCACCCGAGUGGGUGGUUGCCGCAGCUCCCGCCAGGGCCAGCGGAGCCAGCCUUCCAGCAGAGACGGAGGGGUCCAGGCCAUCCUGCAGGAUCAGGAGCUGCUGAUCCUGGAGCUCCUCUGUCAGAUCCUGCAGACGGACUCACUGAGCGCCAUCCAGUUCUGGCUGCUCUACGCUCCCCCCAAGGAGAAAGACCUCGCCCUGGGACUCCUGCAGACAGCCGUGGCUCAGUUCCUGCCCCAGCCCCUGGCCUCCAUUCCUGCGGAAAGACUCCUGCACCAGCUCGAAGAAGUUCAAGAAUCUCCCCAGGAAAACCAGCAGCUUCCCUACAGUCAAUCCCCAAAGAAGAUGAGAACACCGCCUGUAGCAAAAAGCGAAAAGCCAGAGUACAUUGGGAAAGCACAAGUCCUCCGGAUGCCUUCGAGCCAGGACAUGGAGGAGAAAACGUCGAAGCCAAUGGCAGAGAGCUGA